UUGGACCCUUCACAUUCCCUCACUCUUCAUUUCAACUCCAAAUUCUCUAGCCAUCUUUCUAAGGAAAAUUAAACCAUGAAGAUCUUCAAUUGGGUGCACAAGAGGUUUCAUCAUAACAACACUCCCAACGAUGGAUUUGGAUCUAACAUGAAAAAGAAUGAAUCUACAAUGAACAACAAAAAUGAUAAUCAAGCUUUGUUGAAACAAGUUGCUUUGACCGAUAUGCUUGGUGGUUGGAAUGAUGGAAUUCUAACCAUUGGAACACUUGGCUAUGAUCCAAUGAAAUCAAUCAACAAUCACAAAGAUUACUAUUCUUUGGAAGCUGAAAAACAACAUGAUUUAGUCGACGACGAUGACGAUCAAAGUUUCUAUAAUGCUGAAGAAGAGGAACUCAAUCCAUUGAUCAACAAUACACUUGAUGAGAACAAAAACUCUGAGGAUGUUGUUUGUGAAAACCAUGAUGAUGUCAAUGCUACAAAAGAGAAAGAAAUAGUGAUGAUUGAGAACUUUAAGGAAGUUGUUGAUGUUCCUCCACCUAUGAUUUUUCAUGAAAUCAUUGAGGCAAAUGAUGUGGAAGCUGCUGAUCAAAAGAAAAGGAUCACUUUAGCUGAUCUAUUCCUAGCUGAUUCUGAUCUUAAGAUGAAAGUUGAUUACCCUAAAGCAAAAGUCUUGAAUGAGUCAAGUGAAAAACCAAACCUUAAGUCAAAAAAUGGAUUUUCUUUUGCUAAGAAAAUCAUUCCUCUUGUUAAGGACAAUGCACAUCCAAUCAAAGACAUCAAGAAACUGAUGAAGAAGAUGCUAAAGAGGAAAAUUCAUCCAGAUCUAGAUGUCAAGAAUCACAAAGCAGAAGGAAUCAUUAAUGAUAACCACAUGAAUGAAGGAAAUGGCUCAAGCUAUUUUAUCCCAAUUUAAGGUACUACUAGCUAGUGUUGAAUCAUGGGAAUGUCAGUGUUGAUCUGAAUAUGUAGAUUUAUCUAUGAUACGUAUGAGAUUAAAUACUUAGGUUUUCUUUGUGUCUCUUAUGACCAAAGGAUUGAACCAUGUGAUUUUGUAAUUUGUGUGAUCUUGUUGUUUCUGCAUGCCUUUAGUUUGACGUAAUUAAGAACAUGUCUCUGGUAUUUGUGACUAUAUAUGCUUGAGGUUUAAUUUGGCACCACCAUUAAUUAUGCAUUAUAUUUUUGGAUAACUCU